GUCAAAGGUCAUAAUUGAGGUAAGUCUGCCAUGUUUGUUUUAGUUAGCGCGCUGUGACACGUCGAAAAUAUCACGUUUUACUAUAGUUAUCUGCUUGCAGAAAGUCAGAAAGAAGUCGCAGAAAAGGCUACGUCACCGAAGAUGGCAUCUGUAGCUGGAAUGUGUGGCCUGUCCGAGGAGGUGACACUUGCCGUGCUGCCUCGCCUUUUCUAUGAAGAGCUCCUGAUUGAACUAACCAGAAGAGGAAUGAACAUGGACAGUUCCACCCUGAACAAGGGGGAACUUUUGACUCUGCUACAGGAUUUGAUGGUGGAAGAGUACUUUACCCUACAAACAUCAGUGGGUAUAUCCUCCCUACAGGACAGUGGUACAUCUCCAGGGAAUGUUGAAGUGACCAAGGAUGGGGCUGUCUAUCCUGGGAAAGAGAGUGAGCCCAGGACCAUCCCCAAAGUCAAACAGGAAGAACCAUUGCCUGUUAAUGCUGCCUGUGUCGGGUCAGAGAGAACUGGCACUCUUCUCACAACAACAGGAACUUCAGAACCGUUUAAAGAGAUUAAUGUGAAAAUUGAGAAUAAUGAUGAUGAGAUUUAUGAUCAUUUUGGUUGCACAGAUGAAGCAUUUAGGAUUGCACAGCAUGAAAAUGCAUAUGUGGAUAUUGUGAAUGAAAAUCACAAGAACGGUCUACAACACUGUCCAUAUUGUGACUACACGAAAAUUCAUACAACAACGAUGAAACGUCACAUGUUCACGCACACUGAUGAGAAGCCAUUUGCUUGUUACUUGUGCAACUAUAAAACUUCAAGGAAAUAUAGUCUGGACAGUCAUAUGGGCAAUCAUACAGAUUGGGAACAAGACUCUCCACAAAAGGAUGACAACAGCAUUGGUGGUCCUGCAUCAGGCAAAAAGAUGGAAGGCAAGAAAAGGGCAAAGAGGAAGUGUUACUUUUGCUCAUACAAGUCAACUACAAAGAAGUCCAUGGCAAGACACCUUGCUGAGAAACAUGCCAGACAGCACAGCCUACAGGAAAGAAAUCAUCAAUAUGACGAUUCUACAAAUAACACAUUGGUAGGCAGUACAUUUUUGGAGACAGUCGACUCUUUUAACAAUAAGGCUGGUUCAGAAUACAGAGAAACAGCCCCUGUUGCAACUUGCAACGAAAUGCCACAAACGUCAGGACAUAGCAGAGAUCACAACAAUAGUACUGUUGGUAGAGACACAAAACAGGAUCUUAUUUCCUGUCCCUUAUGUAAGUACACCUGCAGACAGGUAAAACAGAUGGAACAGCAUGUCCGCUCUCACACUCUCAAGGGGCCCUUGAAUUGCCCAGAGUGUUCAUUUCUGGCCAAGGAACGGUCCGAGCUGUUUCUACAUAUAGAAAGCCACAUCAAGGAUGGAAGAUUUUCAUGCCAAGUCUGUGGCUACCGUGCAGCCACUAGUAGGGGGUUGACAAGACACAGAAUGAGCCAACACUUGGGCUACAAUGGUAACAGUCCUGAUAAAAGGUUUGACCUAGGGAAGUCAACAGACAGUGAGAGGACCUCCUUGGCAUGCAAGAAGUGUUCUUACUGCACAACGAAUAUGUCCAAUUUUAAGGAGCAUGUCAAGAUGCACAAGAGACCAGGCAGGUUUACAUGUCAGGUCUGUGGGUUCUGGGCAGUGAACAGAGCUGGCUUACAGAAACACAUGAAGCUCCACACAUGGAAAGGUAGCAGUACUGCAGGUCCACAGGAAGUAGAACUAGUGAGCUGUAGAUAUGACCAAAAGUCUGUUGUUAAACCGGGUAGUGUCGUUGACAGUAAAGGUAUGACCAUACUACUGGUAGAUCAUAAAGUAGCAGCUCCCAGUAAAACACCCUCAGAAGACAUUGCUGAAAGUAAACAGACUGUGUCUAUAGAAACAGAAGAAGGCACAGAAGAUCUGCAAAUAGAAGAUAUUCAGCAUAGGGAGAAACCCUACAUGUGUGGAGAAUGUUUGUACAGGAUGGCAACUAGACGCACCCUUUCCAGGCACAUGAAGAAACAUCUAGGCAGAAAGGUGUAUAAGUGCCAACGGUGUGGACUGCAACCUAGGUGCCAUGCAGACUUUAUUCGUCAUAUGAGAACUCAUACAGGAGAAAAACCCUUCAAAUGCCCACACUGUACCUCUUCCUUUGCUCGUAAACAAAAUCUGAAGAUACACUUGCAAGUCCAUGAAAGAAUACAAAAAGUGUGAUGAUAUACAGUAAUAAAUGUUGUCAUCACACCAUCAGGUUCACAUUCACAUUCCUGUUCAAUAAGUGUUCAUUCACAUCAGCUGCCAAAAGCAAGGGUGUCAAACUGCCAUCUCAUGUCAGAUUAUGCCAUCUAUUAUGCUCUGUGUCAACAAUGCUCACACUGCCUGUGUAUGAUAAUAUGUAUUACAUGUGCAUUGUCAAGACGGUACAUGAUAUACUUUAUAAUUUGUUUUUGGGGUACAGUAUGUAGGAAACAUUGUACAAGAUAAUCAAUUUAGUUAUUUGAUUAAUAGUUUACUUACCAUAUAUGAA